CCCAAGAACCAAUUUAAUUUUAUCAAACAAUUAUAAUUCGUCAAUAGUAAUACUAACCAUAUUAUUGUCUAGACAUUUUAAAAUACUAAAUUUAACCUACGUGUCACCGAAAUACUAUAUUAUACAAAAUAGAACUAGUUCGAAUAUAUUCAGCAACUAAACUCCUCGAAGCACACCUCGCCUUACUGGUAUUUCUAACUUAAUCGUAUGCGCAUACGUAGCGUCUUAUUUUACGAUCAUAAAACCGAUAGUAAAAAUAGCGAAUCAGCUCACCACAUCACAACUCGAUUUGGUAGUUGCCUGAACGAUGACAUCCUUCGGCUGAAGUCCUUGAUCGAACAUCUGGCGAGCGUGACCGACGAGAUAAGGCUAAGGCGAAGCUUGACGACGAGAUCGUGUUUGAAGCGAGCUGGUGAGGUGGAGUUUGAGCAGAGGAUGACGAGUUCGACGACUCGACGGUAAACGCGAGCACGCACGAAACCCGACGACAAGGACCUAGGAUGUGCGACACACGUCACGCAAUCAGCCUGUUGUGCGACCGAGCGAUGACGACGAACAAAGAGCUUCGCGACGGCGCCAAGAUUGGAGGCAGAAAAGACGGCCAGGACGGAGCACAGAUCGACGCCACAGAAACGAAAACCGGGCGCAGGGACGCGCACCAUUUCUCUGGGCGCGACGGUGGCCUGGGCCAAAACCGUCCAUGGCCAGGAGGCAUGCACAGCCACCAUGGCCGGCCAAGCGAGCAGAAAACCGCGGCGCCGGAGGAGCAAGGCGAGCAGGGAGAUCCGGGCUGGGGAAAAAUGGAGGCUGGGCCGACUCUGCAGGGGCAAACACGCCGAACAGAGGGCCAAGCCGAGCUGGGGCAGACAACCAUGGGAGGUCAGGGGCGAGCGCCAGGUGAGUGCAGGGAGCUUCGACGCCUGGACGCACAGGGAAAAGAACCAGGGAGCUUGGACCAGGAAGUGGCGCUGGUCAUAAAUGGAGGGGAUCCAGUGAGGGGGCGCCUGGGCAGAGGGAGUUAACGCACGCGCAGGCGAGCCAGGAAGCAGGCGCGCCAGAGCUGGGACCAGGGGCUACGGCGACGAGCGAGCAGAGCAUAUGGGUGCGCGCCAUAGAAACAAGCAGGGGAAGCAGAGAAGGGAGCGGGCGCCGCAGGGAAGGAGCUGGGGACUGGCACACGGCUGGAAGAGGCUCCAGCCAUGGGGAAAACAAGGGGCCGGGGAGGAAGCUGUAGGGGGAAUUGUAGAAGAUCCACCACCGGGAGCAAAGGAGAUGGGCGUCCGAGCCGGAGCAUUUGAAGCAGACGCCCAAGGUGGAAGAUAAGGCUGAAGCUCUGCUGGACGCAGGGGAGAUGGACACCGCGGCUGGAGAAGAUAAGACGCGCGCGAGCAGGAAAAAAAUCACGGCAGAAAAAUCUACAGCGAGCGACGAGGAUAGAGAUUGGCUGUGGGAUAUUUUCCCUGGUGAAAAGUCCAAGCACGUUGAGGAUCAGACCAAGGGAAGGCGUUGGAAAAAUGCAGCUGGUGGAGACCGUGGCGAGGAGAAGCC